GCCACUGGACUGAUAUAAACUCCACCGCCCCCUUUCUAGUUCUCCUGUUUCUGGGAGAGAGAGCGGAUCAACCAUGUCGAAGCGAGGACGCGGAGGUUCCGCCGGGAACAAGUUCCGGAUGUCGCUGGGUCUGCCGGUGGCCGCCACGGUCAACUGCGCCGACAAUACUGGAGCGAAGAACCUGUACAUCAUUUCGGUGAAAGGUAUCAAGGGGCGCCUCAAUAGGUUGCCUUCUGCUUGCGUUGGCGACAUGGUCAUGGCCACAGUGAAGAAGGGUAAGCCCGAUCUCAGGAAGAAGGUCAUGCCCGCCGUCAUUGUACGCCAGCGCAAGCCCUGGCGCCGAAAGGAUGGCGUCUACAUGUAUUUUGAGGAUAAUGCUGGUGUGAUUGUGAAUCCCAAGGGUGAAAUGAAAGGAUCUGCUAUAACUGGUCCUAUUGGAAAAGAAUGUGCUGAUCUUUGGCCUAGGAUUGCCAGUGCUGCCAAUGCUAUUGUUUAAGAUCUGUAGUUUUUUGUUUGGUGUGUUCAAGUCUUGGAAAUUUAAAGUUAGUGCAUGAACCUCAUUACUAUUUGCUGUCAGAAUUUUGUUAAAACUGUUAUAUUUGUGGUUUAGAGUUUUUAAUUUUACAAAUGAUCCUUCAAUUCUGCAAGAAUAUGCAGAAUUCACACCUUUGGGCAGUGCGAAAUUGUGUUACUUCUGAUGAGUUCUACCAUAAUAUUAGCUAGUACUUGGAACUA